AUGUUAUACCUUCAACCUCAAAACUUGCUAGUGCAGAAAACUCUUACAGAGGCCCUUGAGGCCAAUGCUAGAGGCACGCCAUUGAUUUUAGAUCGAAUCAUCUCUGAUUUCGAUUACACAACCUUGCACAUUUCUAACUCCCCUGAGGAGAAGGCCCUAUUAUGGAUAAGUAUCAAGACUAAGGCCUGGUUGAGCAUUUCAAAGUGUGGACCUGAUUUGGUCGGCUACUUAAACACAAAGUAUGAUGAUCUUGCUGGUGUCAGCACAUGCCAGCCUGAGGGUGGAUACGAUUACACCCUUCAAGUCGAUUUAAAAGCAUUGCAGAAUGACGCGGUGGUUCAAUUGUCCCUCCUCAAAGUCAUGACGAUGAGCUACCCAUUUCAGCUGGCGUUCAACGAGUUUGCAUCCCUUGCACAACUCCCAGAGGGCUCCAAUACUACGGAGACGGUGCACAAGAUUGAAUACCGUGAUGAUGAAAACGUCUUUAUCAAGCCUUCAAAUGACCGUAUUACUGUUAUUUUCGAAACGUUUUUCCAGGAUGAGACGGAUAAAGUAUUCGGGAAAGUGUUUUUACAGGAAUUUGUGGAUUCAAGGAAGAGAAACCGCGCAAUUCAAUCAGCUCCUCAAGUUCUUUUCUCACACGAGCCACCUUUAGAAAUCAGCAAACUUGUGUCGUCUAGGGUUUCCGAGAAGAGCAGGAGAUUUAUUACGUUUGUUUUGUUUCCUCGUCACUUCCAGACUCCAGAACUACAGUUCUCGUCUAUUUGUCAUUUGGCACUAUUUAGAAACUACUUCCACUAUCACAUCAAGUGUUCAAAGGCAUACAUGCACAGCAGAAUGAGAUACAGGGUCGACACCUUUAUUAAGGUCUUGAACAGAGCAAAACUAGACGAAAAUGAGGACGGCUCUGAGGAAACCACAAGAAGAACUGUUACCGGAAGAAAAAUGGUGUACUAA